AACGUUAUGUAUAUUAUGCUGCAAUAUACUGUCGUGAACUUCGUGAAGCAUUAACGUGUGACAUAUCUCCAGUGGUGCCAUCUUUUUAUACACGUAUUUAUGGAAACCAUGUGACUGUAACUGCUAGUUUAUUGUGUUUUAUCCAUGACCGAGGAGCAAACUCAUCUGAGAGGUCAACUUAUAUCAGAAGAUAAGUCACGAACGAAUUCUGUUGCUUCUCUCUCUUCUUCCGGAGUGUCAGACGAAGUUUCCCUUCUUCUAGAAGUGGUGUUUGCACCGGGUUCUAAUAACGGAGGCGCCAUAGAUUCCUCAAGAGUUAAUCGUGAAAACCAGCCGCUUUUAGGGCGGAUGGAAUCGGUUGUUACGUUCAACAAUUUCCCAGAUGAUCCUUUGUUUUCUGAUCUGGUACGGCAAGCUGAAAUUGCAAUAGAUAAUGGCAUUUAUCCAGAGAGGAUAUAUCAAGGGUCCAGCGGAAGUUACUUUGUUAAAAAUCCUUCAGGGAAAAUCAUCGGUGUAUUUAAGCCAAAGGAUGAAGAGCCUUACGGACGGUUAAACCCCAAGUGGACCAAAUGGAUGCAUAAGCUGUGUUGCCCCUGUUGUUUUGGCAGGUCAUGUCUCAUACCGAAUCAGGGCUAUCUGUCAGAAGCCGGUGCAAGCGUAGUUGAUCAGAAGUUGCAGCUUAAAAUUGUUCCCAAAACAAAGGUGGUGAAACUUGUAAGUGAGACAUUCAACUAUCCACGUAUUGAUCGGGAGAAAGCGCGCGUAAAACUUGUCAUCAUGGAGCAUAUCCCCAAUCUCGGAAGGCAUUUUAACAGAAUUGGUCUGAGGCCAAAGACUGGAUCGUUUCAGUUAUUUGUAGAUGGUUAUAAGGAUGCUGACUACUGGUUAAGAAGGUUUGAAGUAGACCCCUUACCUCCAAAAGUGCAACGAGAAUUCCAAUUACAAUUUGAACGACUUGUAGUUCUUGACUAUAUCAUACGAAACACUGAUCGGGGUAAUGACAACUGGCUUAUUCGAUAUGAUCAACCAAACAUUCAGUCAGCUGCUGUAACUGGUGAUGAGUUGGAGGAUGCAACGGUGGGUAAGGACUGGAACUUGGUGCAUUUGCCAGAGAUAGCCCUUGCAGCUAUUGACAAUGGUUUGGCGUUCCCCUUCAAACAUCCUGAUUCUUGGAGAGCGUAUCCAUACCACUGGGCGUGGCUUCCACAGGCCAAGGUUCCCUUCAGUGAGGAGACACGAGAACUUGUCUUACCACAGCUGUCAGAUAUGAACUUUGUUCAGGACCUUUGUGAUGACCUUUAUCUGCUAUUUAAGCAAGAUAAAGGGUUUGAUCGACAUAUGUUUGAAAGGCAGAUGAGUGUUAUGAGGGGUCAGAUUCUGAACCUGACACAAGCGCUGAAGGACGGCAAGAGCCCAGUGCAACUAGUGCAGAUGCCAGCGGUAAUUGUGGAGAGGUCCAAAGGACAUGUAGGUACAACAUCACGCUUCCGUUCUUUCAGCGACACUUUCACGCAACGCUUCCAGAACAAAAGCCCCUUCUUCUCUUGGUGUUGAUGGUGUCAUUGGUGUCUUCAAGGUACUUCAUUGUGGAAAGCUGGAACAGACGGACAUUUUAUUGGACGCCUUGGGAAAUGGUGUUCGUAGUGGCAAUGCAGCUGUGUAAGCAGAGACGGAAUCGUCGAUGAGACGUGAUGGUACAGGUAGCGUUCUAAGUAUGAUGGUGUAUCAUAGUUAUUUGUAGUUCCACCAAGACUGAAAUAAUUGGCAGUGUCCUUGUUACAUUGUGAUGUGGAACUGUGUUGUGAUAUGCUUGUGGUUCAGACACUUGUCUUGUGCAUGCUGAAAAUGUAUAUUUAGAAUUUUGUGAGAAGAAUUCAGUUUACAAUAGAUUUUGGGUACAACAUUAUAUUUAUGAUUGUGGAGAUCACUGUUUUCUGAGACGUGAUGCUGUGUAGUUUGGUAGAUAUGUUCCAGUGUUUCGAAAAAGUCUGCUGCCCCCACAAGGCAUGGCAUUGCAUCCCAGAAAACAGUAAUAUAUGUGGUCAUCAACAUGGGAACCCUGUGUCAUGUCUGUUUGCAGAUUGCUGUUCGCUAGGCUAUGACACUGGGGUCCGGUGGGUGGAACCUGAUGGCUUCAUCUUCAUGGUAGAAGUGAUAGAAGCCUUUUACUCUGAAGAUACAAGCAUUGUGUUCCUCUAAAAUGUUGGUGCUCACUGGAGUUGAUGGUGUCAUAACCCAGAUGAUCACUGUGAAAACAUGAAGUCUGUUAUGAAUUUGUGAUAUUUACAUGUUUAUACUUCCUCCAAAGAAUUGUGUUGGAAUGUUUUAAAUUGUGGUUUUUCUUAUUAAUCUACACAGUGACUAUUCAUUGAGGCCAUAUUUAAAAUACCCCCCAAAUGCUGUAGUGAUGCUUUCUAUGAAAUUUAAUGGAAAAAAUAUGCAGAAGGGCACUGAAGUUUUUCAUGGCAUAAUAAUAAUAAUCAGGCAGAAUGGAAGUAAUAAAGUUGCUAUACAUCUUCAUUAAGUGCGUUGUAUCUGUGGUGGAGAGCAUAGGCAAUCUCAAAAGUCAACUGUGUGACUGAAAGAGAGCAUUUUUUAUCUUCUGUGCAUGCCAUGGACCCUGUAACAUUUGUAAAUGAACUAUGUGUUCAUAAAUUUUUUGUGAUCAUGCUGUUUCUACAUACUGGGUGACCCAUCAGGAUGGUGGACUGGACCAUCAGAGUUCCAUACUGCUCUACAGUCUGUCCCAAAACUGGAAUUGUGAUUUCCAGAUAAGGAAAAUUAACCUUUUUUAAUUUGACUGUACUCCAUAAAGAAACAUGUAUUUUUUUAUGAUUUCAUAGAAGCUAUCUUUUUUUUUUUGUUCAAAAGAACUGUGUUAAAGUUGUAUAAUAGGAGAAUGUGGUCAUAUCUCCCUCCUUAGUAAGAUUACUGUCAUUUUGAUAAAAGGGGAGUACUAGUCUACAUAUAAUUAAUGUUUUAGUAAUGUUUUUAAUAUCAGCCAGAAGUUCAUUGGUUCUCUCGUGUAGUUCCUUACAGUUUGCUUUACAAGUUCACUUUAAAAUGAUGAGCUGUGUAUAUAUGCAUGAAAGCAGAGCACAGACAUAUGUUCAAUAUGCCAUGCGCAUUUUUAGAAAAUGUGUUGUCUACCUGUUUAUUUUUAUGUUGUUAUAUGGUUCCUCUAACUGGAUGCAUAUAUAUAUAUAAUCAUAUCUUGUGUUUCUAUUAUCUUUUGAGUUACAUAGUCCCUCAACAUGGGUGUCUUUCAGGAUGUGACCCUUGUAGCCCAGUAGCACCCCAGAAAGUAAAUCUCUACAUUGCUCUGAAAAUUGGCUCAAUUUCCUGUCUUCAGGUGGCAAGGUUAUGAAGAGAUUCAUACACUGUUGGGCUCUCAGUAGAGUGAUCCUGAUAACCUGGCCCCAGUAGCUCUACCAAGGAGCCCAGCAGAGUAGAAAUUUUCUUAUACACUCUCAACCAGAAGACAGGAAAGGAUCAAUGUCAGAUUUGAGGAUCUCUCACUUAUGACUGCAAAAAUUACUCCCUAAUGGAAUAUGACCAUGUAAUUUGGUAGAACCAACGUUCCAGAGCAACCUGUUAGCCUGAAGGUGAAGGCGACAGGUUGCUCUGAAGCAUUGGUACAUGUCUAUAACAGAUGAGCGUUGUCACAUCUGAGAAGAAAGUAGUCUUCAUAAAGACUGCAGUGAGAAAUCUGAAAUCUUAUGUAGGUUUUGCAUAUUUCAUGUAAUUGUUUCCAUAAGCCUGUUUUGCAGUUAAAAAUUAUGGUACCUGGAUGUUUCUUUUUUUUUAAUUUGCAUAGUGGGGGGUGGAGUCCAACUGGGUCCACUCGGCACAGCAGCCAUUCAUUG